AUGUCUUCGCUGACCUACUACCCUGCCUCGCCCCGAGAGGCGCUUGUCGCCGAGUACGUUGGCAAGUCGAUUCACAAUGUGCCUACGCCUGCGGCCAUUAUCAACGUCGCUGCGGUGCGCCGAAACUGCGGCCGCAUGCUGGAAGCUUGCAAGAGCCUCAAUCUGGGCUGGCGAGCACACAUCAAGACACACAAGACGGUGGAAAUCACCCGCCUGCAGGUCGGCGAUGAUGCUUCAUUCCCAGUGAACCUUGUCAUUUCCACUUUGGCUGAGGGAGAGUUCUUGUUGCAAGCCCUGAAGGAGUACAAAUCGCAAGGUCGGCAAGUCAAUGUUCUCUACGGUCUGCCCAUCACCGCCAACGCCGUCGACCGUCUUUCUGCCCUUGCCAGCGCCCUAGGCGACGGCUCAGUCUCGAUUCUCCUCGAUGACCCUGCACAGCUGGCUGUUGCCGCUAAGCUACGACAAGCGAGCGGCAUCGCACCUCGUGCCUCCAUCAAAAUUGACAUGGGCGGCAAACGAGCCGGCGUUGUCGCUGACAGUGACCGCUUCCUCGAGAUUGCUGAUGCAGCCCUGGCUGCGCACCGCAAGGGCGACAUCAUCCUCUCUGGCCUGUAUUCCCACGCCGGCCAGUCCUACGGUGGUGACAGCCGUGCAGCAGCCAUCAAGAUGAUGAGCGCAGAAAUUAGCGCUAUGAAGCUUGGCGCGGACAGAAUUAAAAAGCGUGAAGCUGAGAAGGGCGCCUCGAACUUGCCGGCACUCAUUCUCUCGGGCGGCGCGUCACCAACAGCCCUGUCUGUUCAAAAUCUUUUGAGCCACGACGAUGCGCAGGCUUCGUCUGCGCCAGAGCUGCAGACUGAGGUACAGAGCUUGGCUGCUCUCUUUGAUACGGUCAAGAGCAGCGGCCACGUUGUGGAAAUCCAUGCUGGUGUCUAUCCCACGCUGGAUCUGCAGCAGCUCGCGGCGCACAGCAUGUCCGCAUCGCGCUUGUCCUGGGGCGACCUUGCUCUGUCGAUACUCGCCGAAGUCCACAGCACGUACCCCGGGCGCGGCGAGGGCGGCACACCCGAAGCCCUCAUCGGCGCGGGCGGGCUGGCAUUGGGCCGCGAAUUCUGCAAGGCCUACGACGGCAUGGCCAUGUUGACGCCGUGGGGACGGGCGGGCGCGUCGCUGCCUGCGUGCGACGUGGAGGACUACGAGGGGUGGACGGUGGGCCGCUUCUCGCAGGAGCACGGCAUCCUGACGUGGGCAAGGGGCAAGCGCAAGGCGGCCUCGGCCGGACCGCCGUCGGACAUGGUGGAGGUUGGCCAAAAGGUGAAGUUGUGGCCCAACCACGCGUGCAUCACGAGCAGCCACUUUGGCUGGUACUUUGUGGUGGAUGAGGACCAGCCCGGUAAGGAGGAUGAGAUUGUGGACAUCUGGACAAAGGCGCGGGGCUGGUAG